GUCUUGCACCUCAACUCUACUAGUCUAGGGUUUUUCACAGAAGCAUCCCCACGAUAUUUUCUCCAUCCCAAAAAAGAAAAAGGGAAACAGAAUAGGUUUUGAUUUGUUGGAUUUGUUUUCCUUUUCUCGGAAAAUCUGUUGGAUUUGGAUGCGGAUUUCUCGGUGCCGUGUUUGCUUGGGGUGAUAAUCGAUGGUUCAGUUAAUGGAAUCGGGUAAUCUGCCGGCCGAAACCGAAAUUAUGUCGUCGAGUGGGAAAAAGGUGACGGUGAAACUAGAGAUCGCGGAGGAUCCCUUAGAGGAAGAUCAUGAGCCUCUCAACAAGCGAUACAAGCCAUCGCAAGCUGUUCAACAGCAGUGGGGUGCGGGUGCUAAUGCAUUUCCAAUUCCUCCUGCGCACAAUCCGCUGGAUGAGCCUAGCCCGCUGGGAUUGCGGCUGAGAAAAAGCCCGUCCCUUUUAGACUUGAUCCAAAUGAGGCUCGCUCAAGCAGGUGCUUCAGUUCUUGGAUCUGAACAGACUGAAAGUAAUAACUCAGGAGUUAAGAAGGAGACUAAUACUACUGCUGCUUCAGGCAUCACAGAUAAGCUGAAGGCUUCAAACUUUCCUGCUUCUAUUUUAAGGAUUGGGAACUGGGAGUAUAAGUCGAGGUAUGAAGGGGAGUUGGUCGCAAAGUGUUACUUUGCUAAACACAAGCUUGUUUGGGAAGUUCUUGAAGGUGGUCUGAAGAGUAAGAUAGAAAUCCAAUGGUCAGAUAUUAUGGCUCUGAAGGCCAACUGUCCUGAUAAGGCACCUGGGACAUUGACCGUUGUGCUUGCUAGACAGCCUCUUUUCUACAGGGAGACUAAUCCACAGCCCCGAAAGCACACCUUAUGGCAAGCAACAGCAGAUUUUACUAAUGGACAGGCUAGCAUACACAGGCAACAUUUUCUGCUAUCUCCCCAGGGGCUGUUAAAUAAACAUUUUGAAAAGCUUAUCCAGUGUGACAUGCGUUUGAGCUUUUUAAGUCGACAGCCGGAGAUAAUUUUGGAAUCACCAUAUUUUGAACAGCGUUCAUCUGUUUUUGAGGAUCCUGAUGAAUCAAAAGGUCAAGAUCUUAAUCAAGUGGAGACUGUUAAAGGAUCCUCUGAUUCUGGUUUCCAAGAUAUUGCAUCACCGUCUGCAGCUCACUCAUCUUCCUUAGAGAUUGAAAAGGGGGAUCAUGCUGGUACAUCAUCAGAGCACAUGUCCCGAGAAGCUCCUUCUCCUAGCUCAGUGAUGGACACUCGUGCAAUUGAAGGGAGUGGAAUUUGUGAAGCUGUUGAUUCAAAGGGGCCAAGGAAUUGGGACCAGAUCAAAGUGCCUGGCUUGCACCCUUCUAUGUCGAUGAGUGAUCUCAUGAAUCACAUUGGGAACUGUAUUUCAGAACAAAUGACCUCGGGAUAUCCACCAUUUUCUGCUGAUGGAUCAGAAUGCCAGGACAUACUGGAGGACAUUGCAGAGUACCUUCUUAGUGACACCCAACUAACGACAUCCUCUGAUGAGAAAAGGCUUAUGGCGAGGGUCAAUUCUCUCUGUUGUCUCUUACAGACGGACCCUGCUUCAACCCAGAACUUGCAAGUUAAUGAUGAACGUUGCUUUGGAGAAUCAGAAAAUGGGAAAGGGGUUCAGCUAAACCCCACUAAUGAGCUGUUGCAAGAAAACAAGAGUAAAAUUGAUACAAAAGAUCCUGAAGUGAUUGUGAAGGAUGUGUCUGGCAGCAAGCAAGCACCAGGGAUGUCAAGGAAAGACUCAUUCGGCGAGCUGCUGCUUCAUCUCCCUCGAAUUGCAUCUCUUCCAAAGUUCCUAUUUAAUAUUUCUAAAGAAGAUGAUGGUUAGAGUCAAGCUAGAUGGUUGAUAUUGGCGUUUAUUAGUUUAAUGGAUGAGAAAUCAAGCUCCGUAGUGAAUCUCCAUCUUUCUCUAUCUCUUGUGAAGUGGAAAUGCAUGGUUACUGGCUGUCUAAUGCAUCCAGUGUUUCUGAUUUGCAUUCAUUAAAGACUUGGAGAAGCUCUGGGUUCCGAAAUUUGUAUAGAUGAAGAAUCCUUGUAAAUAUCAUUUGUAAAAAUCUGGAGCAGUGUCGUGGGUGUAUUGUUGGCUGCUGUUCAUUUUGCAUUAAAUGCACAGUUCCCCUAUUUAUAAGCACGCAAAGCUGACACUUCUGGAAUUCUACUAGCCUUUCUGGACUAGAUUCUGUGUGCUUUACACCUCAUGUUUCCUGAACAGAAGCCUAUUACCAGUUUCUGUAGCUGUUAAUGCCUGUCAUCGGACAAGACAGUCGAAUCAAUGUGCUUCUCUUAUCCACAGUUCGGAGGGUAAAGAACAAGAUGCUGCUUAUAGCUCAGUAGAAUUUGCUCUGUAUAUAUGGUGAAACAGUAAUUCUUCAGUGAUUUUGAAGCCUUUGGUAUAGCGACUGUAAUGGGUAUGCUAUUAUUAUUCUCUAGAAAAUCUAAAUGUGAAUAUUUUUCUUGUAUUAAGUAUUGGUAUUUGUUGAAUAUGGUUUUGCUCCA